CAACUGCUGCUAGGCCCCGCCGCGGCGUUGUUAUGGAAACGGGCGGCGACGGCGUCCGCCGAGGGACAGAAAGGUUGCCGGAACGGCGCCUCAGGCGCUCCGAGCGCGAGCGGCUCCCGCCACCGCCGCCGUUUCUGAGGGGCGCCUCAGCCGCCAUGGAAGGCCGGUCGGUCGGCCUUCCGAGCCAGGCCUCUCCGCCGGUCAUAGCCGCCUUGGCUUCCCCUCCUCGCUACCGCCUGGUGUCGGAAAUCGGCCGCGGGGCCUACGGCGUGGUCUACGAGGCGGUGUCGGGCCGCAGCGGCGCCCGCCUGGCCGUCAAGCGGCUGCGGUGCGACGCUCCGGAGAACGUGGAGCUGGCCCUGGCCGAGUUCUGGGCCCUGACCAGCCUCCGCCGCCACCACCCCAACGUGGUGCGCUUCGAGGAGUGCGUCCUGCAACGCGACGGGCUCGGGCAGCGCAUGAGCCACGGCAACAAGCAGAGCGCGCUCUACCUCCGCCUGGUCGAGACUUCCCUCAAG